GAAUAUCAACUCACAUGCAUGUAUAGAAUACCCUGACAUUGUUCUCUCUAGUCAGGUGCACAUAAUUAUAAACGAAUUAGCAUUGUAGAUAGACUAUAGCUAGAGUAGGCUGAUUUUCUCCAUUGUAACGCUCUAUGCAUGCAGGUAGCUUUUUGUUGGUGGUAGAUUAAUUAUUAGAUCUAAUAAUUGUGUUUAGAUCUAGGACUAAAUCUCUCUCUAUAUAUACAAUGUAUUAUGAAUGUAAUUGUUCAAAAGGUCACCUAUUUAAACUAAAGUGAACAGCAAGCUCAUGUGAAGGAGCCUGCAGGAGGUUUCUAAAAGCUCUAAAGAUAAAAGAAUGCUUCGAGUGUCCGUGUUAGUGGUGGUGGUGUUGGGUUGUCUCCUGACCUCCUCAGUAUGCAGGGCUCAGGUGUUCUAUGUCAAACCUUCACAGCCUCCAAACACCACCUGUCCUGGUGAGCUGUGUCACACUCUCAAUUACUAUGCCCAGAAUGCUGCAUCACUGCUUAGUGGGAAAAGUAAUGUCACAUUACUGUUUGUUGAGGGUGUCCAUCUUUUAACCGAACCGACUUUUGAGGUUUUUGAAACUGAUAGUGUAACAUUGUCUGCAUUAACUGAGUUCAUUAAUGUUACUGUUAUGUUAUCUACUGGAAGCGAUAUGAAUUUCACUCUUGUGGACGAUUUACAUUUGAGUAAUUUAGUUGUUGUGGCUGAUAUAUUAUGUCCGGGCAACAACAUUCCAGGCAACAGCAUUAACACUACACUUGUCAGAAGGGUUUAUCACUCUAACGUAACUGUCUUCUGCUGUGACUUCCAUCUUCAAAUGAUCCAUGAAUUUCAAUUGUACCAUUCCACUUAUUACUAUGCUGGAAUUAACAUGUAUAAUUUUGACGAGAUAGAUAAUGUGAUCCUAAUGUUAUCUGAAUGUUAUUUAUAUUCUGGAUCCAACAUCAACAUAUCCCUAAGUAGCUCCUUCAAUGGAUCUAUUACAAACUCAUCUGGUUUUAUCAUCUCCGUGCAUGUUAUUAAUCGCGACCAAGGCUUCUUUUCUCUAACAAUCAGAGACUGUGUGAACCGUUUUGAAGAUGUUGGUGAGGUUAGCGUUAUUGUUUCUGAAGCGCCCCUCAUGUUGUUCGAGGUCAUUUUAGAAAACAAUCAUUUUGAUACUGAACACUUUUACUUUUCGGCACUCAAUAAUGCAGAUUUUGAAGGAUUUCUUUGUGUGAAAAAUUGCUCGUUCCAUUUUUCUGAUAUUUCUUCCCAAUCCUUUUUUUCAAAUAUUUCAAUGGACCUGAGCAGUUUUAAUGAUACUAGUUCUGUUUAUUUUCGCUCUGCAAAGGAAUGUACUGUUAGGAAUGUUAGCUUUAACAACAGCAACUUUAAUGUUGUAGGUCCUUCCACAGUUCUCAUAGACAAUUGUCGGUUUGAAAAUUCAGUAGAUGUAUAUGAUUCACCGUUCGUCAUGUCUGAAGUGCGUUUACUCAUAGUCAAUGAAACAGUGUUCAAAAAUAACCAAGGUUACAACGGAGGGGCUCUAUAUUUGUUCAAUAGUAGACUAUAUCUAACUCAUAAUUCAGUAUUAGUUUUCGAUAAUAACUCAGCAAUUGAUAAAGGUGGUGCUGUUUAUGUGGAAAGUCCAAUGGAUGAAAGAUUAUCGCUUUACGGAGAUUCUCCAAUAUCAUUUAAUUGUACUUUCAGUUUAAAGUACAAUGUAUCUGAUGGAAGCAAGCCAGAUAACUCGAUCGUUUUCAAAGAUAACAGUGCCGCCAACGGGGGCAGUAAUAUUUAUGGAACUUCCUUAAAAUCCGAUUGUUUAGUUUCUCCUGAUGGAAGAAAUCAUAGCUAUGAGGUUCAAGCUGAUAUUUUUGAAUUUGACCAUGAUUUAAAAAUAAAUAAAUUGAUAUCGUCAGUGUCCUCUGAUCCGAAGCGGGUUUGCUUGUGUGAUGAUAACAGGAUUCCAAUGUGUGGUAAUUUGUCUCAGUAUAACAAUGUUGCUCCUGGAGAAACGAUCACUGUGAAUUUAGCACUGGUUGGUGGUGAUUUUGGUGUUACUGUUGGAUCAGUUUAUGCAACACUAUUGCAAUAUUAUUGUGUACGGCAAUAUGAUUGUGUAUGGCUUAAUAAUAUAACCACAAAGACGAUUUCAAGUGCGGAGUGCUUCCAUGAGGAGUAUGUAAUACACUCUGACAAUGAUAAUAGUUCUAUGUUCCUUUUUCUCUCAUCUGAUCGUAUUAAUAAUAAUUUUAAUUAUGAUAUCAUGUCUAGGGGGUGGUACAAUGAUUCCAUAAGGAGGUAUGAAGAAAACAAGGAAAUUGAUUACUAUUUGGCCACCGCAAGUAUAAUAUUACAUAUUACUCUUCAGAAGUGUCCUAAAGGGCUUAUCCUCAACAAAAAAAAAGCUUCAUGUCAAUGUAUCCAGACACUUACGGACGUUGGCGUAACAAAAUGUGUAAUUUUGGAUGGAGAGGUGUGGAUAACCCGCAGUGGUGCUAUCUGGGUGAGCAACUCAGAAGUUAUAGACAAUGAGACGGGCGUUGUGGCAUACAAGUAUUGCCCAUUUGAUUACUGUACAGCAAAAGAGUUUGCUGUUCAAUUACGCAAUCCCAACUCUCAGUGUGCUUUUAGUCACAGUGGUGUUCUGUGUGGAGGUUGUUCCCCAAAUCUCAGCUUAGCAUUGGGUAGUCCUCGGUGUCUGCCUUGCUCUGAUGAUGGACAUGUGGCUUUUUUUAUUCCCUUUGCAAUUGCUGGUUUGUUGUUAGUGCUCUUCAUUAAGUUGUUAGAUCUGACGAUAACCAAAGGAGCUGUCAAUGGACUGCUUUUGUAUGCUAACAUUCUGUGGACUAAUCAAAGCAUUUUCUUUCCUCAUGCAAUUCGCUCGUCAUCUUCUGUAUUUCGUUUUUUUGUCACGUUUGUGGCAUGGCUCAAUUUGGAUCUUGGAAUUGAAACCUGUUUCAUUCAGGGCCUGGAUAUGUAUUGGAAAACUUGGUUGCAAUUUUUGUUCCCUCUUUAUAUUUGGAGUAUUGCCGGGCUCAUCAUCUUAGCUUGCCGCUAUUCUGACAAAGCUACUAAACUGUUCGGUAACAAUUCAGUUCAUGUUUUAGCUACAUUGGUCCUACUCUCGUACUCGAAGCUUCUCCGUACAAUUAUUACAUCAUUGGGGUUUGCUAUUCUUGACUUAUAUCCUAGUGGGACGAGAGUUGUGUGGCUAGCAGAUGGUAAUGUUCCAUAUUUUGGUGUACGUCACUCAUUCCUUCUCAUAGCGGCAAUACUUGCUCUGAUAAUAUUCGUAUUGCCUUAUACAGUAACAAUACUGCUAGUGCCUUGGCUAAGGAAAUGUGGUAACAUCUCAUGGGUUAACAAACUAAAGCCAUUCUUUGAUGCUCAUUAUGGCCCCCUCAAAGACAACCACCAGUACUGGAUUGGAUUGACACUGCUUGUACGUGUAAUACUGGCCAUUACCAAUGUUACAAUUCAAGCCAUUGGUCCCACUGUCAAUCUUUUUGUAACUAUAACUUUGUCUUCACUAUUGCUCUAUGUGGUUGGUUUUUCACAUAAAAAGCGGUAUCUCUCAAUCCUCGAGGCCUCUUUUGUUGCCAAUGUGAUUAUUGUUGGGGGAGGAUUUUUGUACUUAAGUAACCAAAAUGCUUUUGCUGGUGUUUCUGUUGGUAUUGCAUUCCUCACAUUUCUACUAAUAAUCUGUGCACAAGGGUACACUCAAUUGAAGACACUUUGUCGUUGCAAAACUGUACAUAGAGAGUAUGAAAACAUUAACGGUGUGAAUGACUCUAAAACAGAGAGUGUCCCUCCCACUCAUUCCGUGGUUUCAUUGUACGAUAAUACGACCCAAGACUACUACCCACUGAGAGAAUCAUUGCUGGAGAGUGACGCUCACUGAAAAAUGGCAAGAAAGUGACCAUUUUUUUCGAAGAGUGUUAACAACUAUUUGAUGAUAAUUAUAGAUAAAGAAUAUAAUUAUGCAAAACAAGACAAUCUUUUCUUU